AUGGAACCGAGAGUGGCGAGACGAAACCGAUUCUACAAAGGCUCAAACAGUCCGAUUUCAGUGCUACAUUUACUAACAUUUAUGUUAUGGGUGAUACAAGAACAUCUGUAUUGUGUGAAUUGUCAAGAAGAUCAAUAUCCACCAAAAUAUUUUAUAACUCCUCCCCAGUGUGGUAGCAUUGUGGGUACGGGAGGAUUCAAGUUCAUGACAUGUAGAGCGAGUAGUUCUCCCAGUCCAAUGUACCAGUGGCGGAAAAAUGGGACAGAUAUUCCUGGUCAAACCAACGCCCAGCUCAAAAUACAGAACAUACAACGACAAGAUGCAGGCUUUUAUCAGUGUGUGGCAUACAACGAUCUUGGAUUGUUACUGUCUGAGAGCUGCAAAGUGACGGUUGCUUAUAUGGAUUCAUUCUCAUCAUCAAUAGACCAAGAUGUGCCUGUUCAGGAAGGGGAUGCUGUUGUUUUACAGCUUCCAAAUAUCGCCUCUGUCCCAGCACCAACUAUGGAUUGGUACCUUGAUCAGAAUCAGAUGGAUGUUUUUGGACCACACCACUACGUUACUCUAGACAACAAUUUAGCUUUAUUAGACAUAAGCGAUCUUUCAAACAACAAUGUGUAUCAUGCUGAAGCUCUGAAUGGUCAGUCUGGAGAUUUUGCGCAAAGUGGAAAAUUUACCCUCAAAGUGCAAGGUAACAAUGUGGUGGCAAAAGCCCCAACAAUGGAAAUACCUCCUAAAGAUUUGUCCGUUGUAGCUGACUUCACAACAACAGUGGCUAAUUUUGAGUGUGUCGUGAAUGCAAGGCCAAUUGGUUCAUUGGUAACAAAAUGGUACAAAGUAAAUGGGGCCACAAGAACUGAAAUUUUUGAAGAUUCUGUCAAAUAUCUAUUUGGUGAUGGGAGAUAUCAUCGCAGACUUCAGAUACGAACUCCAACAGCUUCUGAUGAGGGAGUAUAUGAAUGUGAGGCAGAACUCCAAAAUUCCCCCGAUGGAAACACAUAUCCCAAGCAAAAUGCUCGAGCAAAUUUAACGAUUUAUGAAAAACCAAUCAUCACCUCGCAGAUUUUAAGUGAUUAUAGCAAAGACUAUGCUGAGACUGUCACUGUGCCAUGUACUGCCACAGGGGAACCCACACCAACCAUACACUGGUACUUCAAUGGGGCAGAAGUCACCUCUCUAGCUAGUAACAAACAUACAGUACAAUCAGAUGGCACUAUUACGAUCACAGCUUUAGACCUGGAAGAUUCUGGAAUAUACCAGUGCUUUGCCAAAAAUGCUGCUGGUGAAAUGGUGAAAUCUACGUGGAUCAAAGUCAACAGCUUACCCCCAGAACUGGUUUCACCACCUCAGAAUUUGACUGUUGUGGAAGGAUCUGAUGCUCGAAUUUCCUGUAGUGCAACUGGAGCUCCAAAACCAACCAUCUAUUGGGUCAAAGUUGUUGAUGAAGUCCCACAACCUAUUGUUGUCGGUGGACGUUUCCAGAUCAUGGAUGGAUCAGAUCUUCUUAUCACCACAACGCAGGCCUCAGAUUCAGGCCAGUACCGAUGUAACGUCACAAACAGUCGCGGCAGUCUGGAAGCUGAGGCUCAUCUGGCUGUUCUUGUGAGAACACAGAUUACUGCUCCCCCACAGAAUGUCUCCAGAGGCAAGGGAGAGAAUGCUGUCAUGCCUUGUAGUGUAUCACAUGAUCCACACAUACAAGUGCAGCUCAAUUGGUAUAAAUUUGACCGUAUCACCAAUGAGAAGAAUCUUCUGAGUAAUAGCAGCCGUAUCAGCAUCAGUGGAACUGGAACCCUUCAGAUCAUGGGCGUGUAUAAUAUAGACAUUGGCUACUAUCAGUGUGAGGUUAUCUCUUUAGGAGGGAAUGACAGCCGCAAAGCUUAUCUCUCUGUCUUAGAGAUCCCCCACCAACCUGUUCUCCAGACUGUAGAAGUUCUGCAGUCAGACUUAAGGGCAGUGAAUUUGACCUGGCAGCCUGGCUUUGAUGGUUACUCGCCCAUCAUCAGGUUUAUUAUACAAUACAGACAGGUUCUCUUCGUACCAGGAGAAGGUAUAAAAGACAGUCCUGAAGAAGGUUGGGUCACAUACCCUGAGACGGCACCCUCUAGCAACAACUGGUUCAUUGUUUCUGGGCUGCGUCCAGCACGUAGUUACCAGUUUCGUGUUAGUGCUGUCAACAGUAUGGGGGAAGGUGCAAAGAGUGAAGCAAAACCAGUUCCACCCAUUAACAUGCCAGAGCAAGCUCCCAGUGGUCCACCAAAAGGAUUCUUUGGCAGUGCACGAUCAAACUCCUCCAUCAUGCUUCAGUGGCAAGCUCCAGACGAAGAUAAAUGGAAUGGAGAUCUCCUUGGCUACACGAUCAGAUUUAGACUGGCUGAUUAUCCCAGUGCCUCAUACCAUUUAAGAAAUGCCACUAUCUGGCCUUUGACAUCCUAUGAGUUGACAAAUCUGAUAAUUUUCCAGGAAUAUGAGAUACAGAUUGCUGCAUUUAACAGUGAGGGAGUAGGUGUGUACACAUCGUCAAUCAGGGUGGCCACGAUGGAGGGAACGCCAGAUGCUCCUCCUAGGGAUGUGUCAGCCACCACAGUGAAUUCAACAUCUGUGGAAGUGUCCUGGAUUCCACCUGAUGCUGCAUAUUUCAAUGGAGUGAAUCUUGGAUAUAAAAUCUAUAUGCAAGAGAUGACAGAUCCUGAACCCACUUUUCGACUCAAAGUGGCCCCUGAUGCAAAUAACCCUGUUGGAAUACAGACUGCAUACAUACACAACCUGAAGAAGUAUACAAACUAUACUGUGAAAGUCACAUGUUACACAAGUAAAGGGAAUGGACCUUUCAGUUCAACUGUAGCUGUGAUGACUGAAGAAGAUGUACCUGGUCAAGUUGGAAGUCUGUCCUUUACAAACAUCUUGGACAUAUCUUUGAAAGUUAUUUGGACUCCCCCUACAGAGAUCAAUGGAAUACUCUUGGAGUAUAAACUUGAGUGGAUGAAACGCAACUCUACAGAACAAGCCAAGUCAAUAGACUUACAGAAGAUUUUCAAUGAUUACACAAUACGAGGCUUGUCACCUAGUACCAACUACACUAUCAUGGUCCGUGCCAAGACAGCGAAGGGUUAUGGACCUCCUAGGUCAGCUGACAUCCAGUCUGGGGUUCCUCCAGAGCAACCAACGGCUCCAAUUAACCUUGGAGUAUCAAACAUAGAAGCAACCUCAGUCCUGCUCCAGUUUAUACCCGGAUAUGAUGGGAAAACAUCCAUCACUACCUGGAUCGUACAGGGACAGCAGAAUGACAACACAACCUGGGGAGAAGUUUACAGAAUUUCAAAUCCUGGAGCAACCUCGCUCACAGUUCUCAAUCUCCGUCCCUACACUGAGUAUCGACUACGAAUGACUGCUGUCAACAUUGUUGGCCCAAGUUUACCAAGUGAACCAACUAGGAAAUUCCAGACGCUACAGUCAGCACCCAGCGUUCCACCUGACAAUGUUACUGUCAGGGCACAGAAUGCUACUGCUCUCAGGAUCAGCUGGGCACCAUUGUCUAAGAGUGAGUGGAAUGGUGCUCCACGUGGCUACCAGUUAUUUUACAAGCUCAAACAGAACCAGGUAUAUGCACAGAUUGAUCUAACCAUGGACCAUGACAACCACUUCCUGAAUGGACUGGAGGAGUGGAUGGAGUACCAGGUCAGGAUGAAAGCCUACAAUGAUGUGGGCAGUAGUGCAUUUAGUCCCAUCACUACAGAACGGACUCGAGAAGCAACUCCAUCAGAUGGUCCAACAAAUGUGAGAGCCGUCCCAGUGUCUUCAACCUCAAUCAAUGUUUCAUGGUCAGAUGUACCUGCUCUGGACCAGAAUGGUCUUAUCUCAGGCUACAAGGUCCAAUAUGAGUCAUCCUUCGAAAACAUCGCACCUGUAAUGCAAGAUGUACCUGGAAACCAGACAUACAGUGUAGUAAUUCAAGGCCUACGAAAGUUUGUGUCAUACCAGGUGCAGGUCCUAGCAUAUACACGCAUGGGAGAUGGAGUACUUAGCGUGCCCAAGAAAACUGUCAAAACGUUUGAAGACAAGCCAGGCCCACCUGUGAUUGUGUGGUUUCCCCAGGUUACCUACACAACUGCCAAAGUCAUAUGGAGUCCCCCUUUGGAACCAAAUGGUAUGGUCAGUGGAUAUAUGGUGUCCUACCGUAUCAAAAACAUGAACACUAUCACCAACAGCUCGGAGCUACCGUCUACACAGUACGAAUUUACUGUGGCCACAUUGCAACGUGAGACUUACUACCUCUUCAGUGUGACAGCUCGCACACAUCUGGGCUGGGGAACGCCGGCAGAGGUUCUCGUCUACACCAUGAUCAACCGCACUAUCCCAGACCGUCCCUCAUUGCCAUCAAUUACAUCAGAAGUUGGGCCGCGGUCAGUGGUGAUAAGUUGGCAGCCUGCCUUUGAUGGAUAUGGUCCCCUGAGAAACUACACUAUACAAUACCGCAGUCAGAAUGGAGACUGGAGCACAACCCCUGAGACAGUCCCCACAGAACUCAACUCUUACAAAGUUACUGGUCUGCAUCCUAACACUCAAUAUCGGUUCAGAGUGGCAGCCACGAAUGAUGUAGGAAUGAGUCCAUUCAGUGAUGAAUCUUUACCAGUUAUGACCUUGGAAGCCAUACCAGAAGGAGCUCCUCAGAAUCUGGUUGUGGUACCACUAACAACCAUCUCUGUCAGAGUAUCAUGGCAGCAACCUCCUGUUCAAACCUGGAAUGGUGUCCUGCUGGGCUACAUAAUCCAGUACAAACAGGUGGACAUGAACAGCUAUGUGGAAGCACAGGUUGAUUAUCGCCAGUACAGUAUGAUUCUGGACCAGCUCACAAAAGACGUAAACUAUGAGAUCCGUGUUAUAGCCUUUAACAGCAAGGGAAAUGGUCCGCCAAGUACUCCUACUAUUGUGUAUGUAGGGGAGGCAGCUCCGGCUGCAGCUCCUACCAACAUUUUGAUCCAAGCUGAAAACUCAACGGAAUUAAUGGUAAUCUGGCAACCACCACCUCCUGACAAACAAAAUGGGGACCUGUCUGGAUACAAGAUUCAGUACUGGAGAACCACAGAUGGGCCAUCCUCAAAUGUACAGAUCAUCGUCCGAGAGAAACAAGCGCUACUUCAAGGACUCCAGAUCUUCGCUAACUACUCUGUAACUGUACAAGCCUAUAAUCUGGCUGGAGAAGGACCCAGGAGUGAUAUCAUCUACGGACGCACCCUGGAGGGAUUCCCAGAGAUUCCUGCUUACAUCUUGUUCACAAACAUUACCCUGACAUCUCUGAAUGUCUCUUGGUCACCGCCCACACAACCUAAUGGUGUCAUCAUUGGCUACGAGUUGACAUACUCCCUACAACAUUCUAAUGAAGAGAGUCGACUUGUAAAGUUGACAGUGAGCGGCUCAAAGCAUUAUGUAAUAAUCGACAAAGUAGAAGAGAAUGGUACCUACUUCUUCAGCGUUAAAGCAAGAACAUCCAUUGGGUUUGGGCCGGAACGUGUGGGCAAGGUUACCAUGGGACCACAGCCUGGUUCACCAGGGCGUCCAAAUAGACCAUCUGUUGAGAUGACUGGUGACGGCACUGUGUUGCUUAGUUGGUCGGGAGGUACACGUGGAGACUCCGAUAUUAUGGGCUACCGUGUAGAGGCCAAAAGCACCAAAAGACAGUAUUGGGAGACAGCACCAGUAUACCAGACUACUACAAAUGUCACAGAAGCUCGCUUUCCUUUCCCUACUGUGUGUUCUGAUGAUGGAUGCCAGUUCAGAAUCAGGGCUUUCAACUGGAUUGGCAUCAGUCAUGCUAGUGUCCCCUCAGAGGUUAUAGCACCACUUGUCGUACAAAAGGCAUUCCAUUAUGAGUGGUGGUUUGCUGUCAUCAUGGCCCUUUCUGGACUUAUUGUCAUCCUGCUGAUCAUUUCCUGUCUUUGUCUGGUUGCUCGCAGAGGAAAGAAAGACAAGAAGAAACCUACUCCUACUGCUGCAGUGUCCACAACCAACCUAGAAUCCCUGGACACUGAGGAAGGUGGCUUUGCUACCAUGGAGAUGAGACGGUCAAAUCGUAGAAGUAUGGGUGCCAGAAAUGGCAAUGCAAGAACUGCAGGAAUAUAUGGAAGGGCCCCACCCAGACCAAGCCCUGCAAGUGUCACAUACUCUGACUAUGAUGAUGGAGCCACAGCCAAGAGUGCUUUACCAGAUGAUGAUGAUGAUGAUGGCAGUAGUAUCACUGAAAAACCAUCCAACUUUGGCGACUCUUCAUCACCAAGUGACGAAGAGAGCGAUGACAGUGACAAAUUACCUCCUCCUCCAUCCUCUCCUCCACCCCCACCAUUCACAGCCAAUCCUUAUGUGAAUGACCUGGCACGACGGUCAUGGCGACAGAACUCACAGGACCAUAAUCUACCCCAGACAAGUCACUAUAACGCCUAUACCUACACAGACAGUGAGGCGGAGAGUAGUCACUACGCCCUCAGUCUGACGGGCGGACAGAUGAUAAUAAACAAUGCUGCAGGCUCACGUGCUCCACUUCCAGGAUUCUCCUCAUUUGUAUGA